AUGAUGAUGGAUCAGCGACAGCGAGAGAAGCUGCUUCAGAAAACCGAGGCCUGUGGUUUGGUGGCAGGUGUUGGGGCCGAGCUUGGACUUGUCACCGUUUCAGGAGACAAGAAGAAGAUCAUUCAUGGGUCGGGUCCGAUCCACCAUGAUCUUGUUGCUGCUGUUACCACCUUCGCAAAUGUUCAAAGGAAGAAAAGAAUGCCACGCCAAAGAAGAUCCACCACCACCAUCAACAACAACCACAACUCCUCUAAGCACAGGCUUCGUUUUCCACCUCUUGCUCCUUCUGUUUCCUCUCACGUGCCACUCUCCUCGCUCCCUUCUAGUAAACCCUCCACUACUCCCCCAGCCGAAAUUGAUCAUAAAAGGUUGAGAUUUCUUUUCCAAAAGGAGUUAAAGAACAGUGAUGUUAGCUCCCUCAGGAGAAUGAUAUUGCCAAAGAAAGCAGCAGAGGCUUUCCUUCCUGCCCUUGAAUCAAAAGAAGGAAUUCUGAUCAACAUGGAUGAUCUAGAUGGUCAUCAUGUAUGGAGUUUCAAGUACAGGUUUUGGCCUAACAACAAUAGUCGGAUGUAUGUACUUGAAAAUACUGGAGACUUUGUUAAAGCACAUGGCCUACGCUUUGGAGAUUCCAUUAUGGUUUACCAAGAUAGUCAAAACCAUAAUUAUGUUAUUCAGGCCAAAAAGGCUUCAGAUCAGGAUGAAUUUAUGGAGGAAACUAGUGAUGCCAUCAACGAUAUCUUCCUUAAUGAUUAUGAGGUGAACAAACCUGGUUGCUUCAAUGUAACCUACCCAGCAGUGAAUGAUACAGGCAUGUCAUUCAUAUAUGAGACUACUUUUUCAAAUGAUUCCCCACUUGAUUUUUUGGGUGGAUCAAUGACCAAUUAUUCAAGGAUUGGACCAGUUGAAACCUUUGGUUCCGUUGAGAAUUUGUCACUUGAUGACUUCUAUUAA